AUGGCUAGCUACUCGAUGGGUUUCCUCAUUGCCAUCGUCGUAUGCGCCUGUGCACUUAGCACUCUGGCAGCACGUGACCUCGCAGACGAUAGCGCCAUAGUCGUGAGGCACGAGCAGUGGAUGACCAAGUAUGGGCGCGUGUAUAAUGACGCCGCUGAGAAAGCACAGCGGCUAGAGGUGUUCAAGGCCAACGUGGCGUUCAUAGAGUUGGUGAACGCUAGGAACGAUAAGUUCUGGCUCGAGGCCAACCAAUUUGCAGAUAUGACCAAUGAUGAAUUCAGGGCUACUCACACAGGCUUUAAACUUCCGUUGGGUGGUAGCAAGGGCCGGAGGAUGACAAGCUUUAGGUACGCAAAUGUCAGCCUUGAUGCUCUUCCGACUGCGGUGGACUGGAGAACCAAAGGUGCUGUCACUCCCAUCAAGGACCAAGGCCAAUGUGGGUGUUGCUGGGCGUUCUCCACGGUUGCCUCCAUGGAAGGCAUUGUGCAGCUGAGCACCGGCAAACUGAUAUCUCUAUCAGAGCAGGAGCUUGUGGACUGCGACACCUCAGACAAUGGCUGCGGAGGCGGGCUAAUGGACAAUGCCUUUGAGUUCAUUGUGAAGAACAACGGCCUCACCACCGAGGCCAACUACCCCUACACCGGCGCCGACGGCACCUGCAACUCCAACAUGGCCUCCAGCGCUGCAGCGUCCAUCACAGGUCACGAGGAUGUGCCGGCCAAUGACGAGGCAUCGCUGCAAAAAGCAGUGGCGGCGCAGCCCGUGUCCGUGGCUGUUGACGGAGGGGACGACCUCUUUCGGUUCUACAAGGGCGGUGUGCUCUCCGGCGAAUGCGGCACGGGCCUUGACCAUGGCAUCGCGGCAGUCGGGUACGGUGUGUCUGACGAUAGGACCAAGUUCUGGGUGAUGAAGAACUCAUGGGGCACGUCGUGGGGCGAGGAUGGGUUUAUUAGGAUGGAGAGGGACAUCGCCGCCGAGCAAGGCCUAUGUGGACUCGCCAUGCAGCCUUCCUACCCAACAGUGUAG